CGCGAGGGUGACAUCACGCGGGCACUGGUGACAAGAAUGAUUUAAUAAUGACAGUUACUUAAACUGGGUGGAUUAACAACUGGAUAAAUCCUGUACGUCAUCACCGUCGGCAAAAUGGGAAGUCGACCGUCUCGCAACAGUAACAGCGCCGAUACAGUUUUGCGGAACGAAAGUCUUCUAGCAGAAAAUGAAAGUUUAAAAUACAAGAUUACUGUGCUAGAAAAAGAACGGAACGAAUGCGUCUGCAAUGAUGAAACAAGCCUUAAAAGCGAGAACGAAACGCUGCGGACAGAAAACGAUCAGCUGACGGCUCAAGUAUUGACCUUGACGCGACGUAUUGAGCAACACGCAUCUACUACACAAGUUAUUCGUGACCGCGGAUAUAUAGAAGGUUCCGGACUGAUCACCUCUGACGAUAAUGAGGCUGACCGUCCUCAAAAAAACAGGGCACACAAACACAAAAAAACGAAACACCAUUAUAACAGCAUGCAACCAAUGAGCGACAUUGAUGCAUACGGUCAGGGACUACCGCCACAACAGCAUAAAGAUAUGUUGAAAUUUGGACGUAGUCGUAAAAACUCGCGGAAAUUUCUAGAAAAAUCGAGCAGCAAUAGUACAUCCCCUUCAGAAAAUAAAGAAUCGCCCGAAAUAGUCUCGCAUGCGGAGGAGAAAGCAGAAGUUGGUGAGCCUGGAAAGAACACGGACGAUAGUCAUACAGUCGAUAACACCGUCGAUCAUACAAAGCUUGUGCCGGAUAGCAGGAGAGAAAAAGCAAUCAGCGUUGAUUCGGGCAUAGAAACUGAAACGAGAGAAAAGGAUUCCACUGGAAACGCUGAAGGCAAGACUCAGGUUGAGCGGGACUCUGAACCUGAAGAAUACCAAAAGAAAUACAUCGAUUUAAAAUAA